UGUGCCGUUCCGAGAGGUGGUGGGGUGCCUGAUGUGGGUCGCCAACGGGACAAGGCCCGACAUCUCGAAUGCCGUGCGGGCGGUGGCGAGGCACUCUCAUGAGCCAAAGAAGAGAGACUGGAAGGCAGCUCAGAAGAUUCUGAAUUAUCUUCUGGCAACGGCACAUCUAACUCUGAAGUACAAGAGAGACAGUACGGUUGAUGACGUAGGCACGUUGGUGUAUGUAGAUGCAGACUUUGCCAGCAAGGCCACUGACCGUAGAUCAGUUUCGGGAGCACUAGUCAUCGUAGCUGCUUGUCUUGUAGCUUGGCUUUCUUGGACGCAGAAAUGUGUUUCACAGUCGACUUCUGAGGCAGAGUAUCUUGCGAUGGGCGAUGGUGUGAAGGAGUCUCUGUUUGUGAACGGAAUGCUUCAGUUCUUGAGGCCUAGUGUAGAGCCUCGUAAGAUUGACGUCCUUGAGGACAACGAGGGAGCGAUUGCGCUCGCAGAGAAUCCGCUUAGCUCGUGCAGGAGUAAGCACAUCGAUGUGAGGCACCACUUUCUUAGGAAUUUAACCGAGGAGGGUGUGAUCGAGAUCACCCAUGUUCCCAGCGAAAAACAACAUGCGGACAUCCUCACGAAGGCUCUGCCGAGGAGUAUUUUUGAAGUUCACCGUGACUUUGCGUUGGGCUCUAGGAAGUAG